AUGGACGAAUUGAUUAAGAUACAGGAAGAAGAAACGUCCCUUGUUGUAUCAUGUGCUAAAGCAAAGGCGGCGGCGGAGAAAGCAGAGGCAGAGGCAGCAGUAAAAAUAGCAGUAGCUGAUGAAAGACUUGCCCGAGUGGAGGAAGAAGCCAAGCGGAAGGAAAUAGAAAUGAAGAAGAAGCUACUUGAAGACAGACUGUCAUCGCUUAGCAGGGGAUCGUCAAGAGUCAGUAGCAGAUCAUCUAGGACUUCAAUUUCUUCUCUUCCACGACCGUUGCCCACAAAGGAAGCUGUUGAAAAGUGGAUGCAGACAAAGGAUCAAGCUGAAGACAUUAAUAAAAAUAACGUUUUGAAGCCUUGUACUAAUGUUCCAGUAAAUAUUAUGAAGAGUGUACAGCAGGAGGUAUCCUUGCCGCAUCACGAAGUACAGUCUAGUUUCCAGCCUCGAGAAGAAAACUGUGAAAAUCCUCGAGAAGCAAGGACUGUAGCUUUCAGCGAAGGAAGGAGAAUUCCUCGAGAUGUUUCGUGUUUCCCUCGAGAUUGUCAACCUGAUAAAAUGAUAUUUAGAGAGAAGAUGCCGGCGAGAAUAUUGUCAGCUCUACCUAAUUUCAGCGGAGAUCUAGACCAAUGGCCCGCUUGGAUAGCUGAAUACAGGCGAUCUACUGAAAUUAAUGACUACACUGAUUUGGAGAAUCUUCAAAGACUUCAGAAGUGUAUUACUGGAAAAGCUAAAGAAAUGAUAUCAGCACUGUUGAUAUAUCCUGAGAACGUACCAGAAAUUGUUAAUUUGUUGGAACGGCGUUUCGGAAGACCAGAUAUAAUUAUUAAAAAUCUCAUAGCAAGCGUGAAAGGUCGACCACCAACUAAGGACUACAAGCCUGACACUUUGGUUGCUUUUAGUGACAUGGUAAGGAACUUAGUAGUUACGGUAAAAUCCUUGAAGCAGGACCACUACUUGUUUAACCCACAACUUAUGGAAGAGCUCACAGAAAAACUGUCCACCAACAUGAAGCUCAACUGGGGAAUGUUUGUCACUUCACCACAGUCUCAAUUGAAACAACCAAUUGGCCUCGACAGCUUUUCGACGUGGCUCUCUUCUGUGGCAGAUGCAGCAAUUAUAUGUGCUCCCAGUACAUCUACUAGUGGAAACUUUAAAAACAUGUCAUCAAGAAAUGAAUCAAACUCCAAGAACUUUGUAUUAGUACAACAUGAAGGUGACAAGAAGUUUAAAAAACGUAUAUGUGUUUGCUGCAAAAAACAAGACCAUACAUUGACAGAAUGCAAGCAAUUCCUAAAGUAUGAUGUAAAUAAAAGAUGGGAGACAGUCAAGAGUAACAGUCUGUGUUUCAAUUGCUUGAAGACUAAACACCGAGCGAUGACUUGUCGUAACAAACUUGCUUGUGGAGUUAAUGGCUGCACCUAUUUCCAUAAUAAACUGUUACACGUGACCUCAAAAGAAGAAGGUGCUAAUAAAGAGACACCUAAAUUGGAAAUUCACAGUGAACAUAUGGGAUUUCAAGAAGAACCUGUUGCAAGAGUGUUGUUGAGGGUUCUCUCAGUAACAUUGGUAGGAAAGAAUGGCAAGCAAAUUGAAACAUUUGCUUUAAUUGAUGACGGUUCAACUAUUUCUGUCAUCGAAAAGGGAUUGGUUGAAGAACUCGAAAUUGAUGGACCUACUAAACCUGUAUCUUUCUCCUGGACAGAUGGAUCUGUUUAUACAGAAAAAGAAUCUCAGACUGUAACACUGACAGUUAUAGGAGAUACAGGCGAACACUUGACUCUAAACAACGUGAAGACCUUGACAGCCUUGCAGUUACCAAUACAGUCUAUGAAUUCAGAACAAAUGAAAAAUAAAUGGUCUUAUUUACAGGAAAUCCCUGAAGAAGUGUUUCAGCGUGGUCGUCCACGACUACUGAUUGGACAUGAACAUGUACAUUUGACAGUGCCUCUGAAAGUAAUCAUUGGACCUACAAAUGCACCGAUUGCUUUGAAGUCGAAACUAGGUUGGACAAUAAAUGGUCCUACUGGAAAUGUAAACUAUCAAACUCGUAUAGACAACGACUUUGUUAUGUUUAAACAUGAAACAAAUUCAGAUAUGUUGGAGCUUAACUCACUAGUUAAAGAAAGUUUUGAGAGGGAUUUUAUCGACUGCCUGAUUAAGGAAUCCAAUAAAAGCGAUGAAGAAGUUAGAGCAGAAAAAAUAUUGGAAAAUACCUGUUCACAAACAGAAGAUGGUUGUUGGCAAACUGGUUUGUUAUGGAAAGAAGACAAACCAUGGUUACCAGAAAGUCGUUCCGUUGCAUUGAAGAGAUUUAACUACGUUGAAAAUAAAAUGAAAGAGGACCCAAAACUAUGUCAACAAUAUCAUCAGAAAAUAGCAAGUUAUGCUGAAAAGGGAUAUGCAAAAAAGUUAAAUUUGGAUGAGGUAAAGAACAAAAGUGAGAAAACCUGGUACCUUCCUCACUUUCCUGUCUACAAUCCCAGAAAACCGGACAAGUUCCGUUUUGUGUUUGAUGCUGCGUCAAAAUCACAUGGAAAGAGCCUGAACAGUUGUCUACUACCUGGACCAAAUUUAUUCAAUAGCCUGAUAAGUAUUCUGUUCCAGUUCAGAAAACAUGAAAUCGCAUACGCAGCAGAUAUUGAAGAGAUGUUUUUGAGAAUAAAGAUUAUUCCAGAAGAUCAAGACUCACUACGUUUUUUAUGGAGGGAAGAAACUGACGGAAAAUUACAGGAGUGGUGUAUGACAUCAAUGAUUUUUGGGGCAGUUUGCUCACCAACCAGUGCCAUUUACAUAACUAGAAAAAAUAGUGAAAAACAUGGAGAGGAACAUCCAGAUGCAAAGCUAGCUGUAAAUCAACAAUUCUACAUGGAUGAUUAUCUUGAUAGCAACCAAUCUGUGGAAGAAGCUAAGAGCUUAAUAGAAGGAGUUGUAAACAUAUGUAAAAAAGGUGGUUUCAAUUUGAGGAACUUUAUUAGCAAUUCACCAGAGUUAAUGAGCUGUCUGCCAAAGAAAAGUUGGUCAAAAAACUACUUGAAAGAAGAAGAUGUUGGAAUAACAACUGAUGACACAGAGCGAGUACUCGGGAUACACUGGAAUUUCCAUGAGGAUUUCUUCCUUUUCAAAAUCAACUUUGUAAAAGUGAAGAAAGAAGUCGUUGAUCUAAAAGAGCCACCAACCAAACGACAGGUGCUCCAGGCUGUGAUGUCCAUUUAUGAUCCAAUAGGCUUUAUCACUCCAAUCACAAUGAAGGGCAAAAUUCUGGUACAAAAUCUGUGGAAAAUGAAUGUCCAGUGGGAUGAAAGAAUUCCAGCGCAGUUGGAAAAGGCAUGGAGAAAUUGGAUGAAAGAUGUGAAGAUUUCGGAAAAUCUGAAAAUACCUCGAUGCUACAACUUGACUGCAAACUGCACUGUAUCAUUACAUAUUUUCUGUGACGCAAGUGAGAAAGGAUUUUGUUCGGUUGCUUAUUUUAGGACUGAAAAACCAGAAGAUUGCGUGGAAGUUGUUUUUGUACUGGCAAGAUCACGUGUUGCUCCCCUAAAGUCGUCCACCAUCCCUAGACUUGAACUGCAAGCAGCUGUAUUAGGCAGUCAAAUUGCAUCUUUGAUCUAUCAGUUUCACAAAAUGGAAAUAGACCAAACAUACUUUUGGACGGACUCAAGAAUUGUGUGGUGCUGGAUUCAAGCAACUCAAAAGCAAAAGUCAGCCUAUGUUGCUAAUCGUGUUGAUAAAAUACUGAGCAACUCAGACAGAAAUCAAUGGAGGUGGUUACCUACGACAGAAAAUGUAGCUGAUGAAGCUACACGGGAAUCAGCAACUCCAUUAACGAACGAUUGCCGUUGGCUCCAAGGUCCAUCCUUCUUACUUAAAAAAGAAAAAGAAUGGCCAAAAAUUGAAAGUAUUCCGAGAAAAGAAGACUGCAAUGAAGUAGCCUUAGCAAUUUUACCUGAAAACAAAGAAAAUGUUAUCGAUAUGGAGAGAUUUUCAAAAUACUCCAGACUCAUAAGAGCAGUAGCAUGGAUGCAACGAUUCAUUUCCAAUACGAGAUGUAAAUCUGAGAGAAAUACAAAUGUGAGUCUUGGUGUUGAAGAGCUUCAACGAGCUGAAGAAACCUGCUUCAGACUUUCACAACUAGAAUCUUUUCCUAAAGAAAUGAAGAAUCUUGAGGAGAACAAGCCAGUUCCUCGAGAAAGUCGACUUCAUAAGCUAAGUCCUAUUUUGACAGGGAACUUAUUGAAAAUGAGAGGAAGGACUGAAUAUGGGAACCAAAUCAGUCAAGACCUGAAAAAUCCCAUAAUUUUAGAUCCUAAACAUCGACUUACAGUCCUAUUGAUCCAACAUGAACAUGAACAGGCAGCUCAUCAAGGUCAAGAAACCGUGGCAAAUAAUUUGAGACAACGAUUUUGGGUAAUCCGUUUGAAGCGAGCAAUUAAGAGCUGUUGGGCAAAUUGUAAGAAGUGUCAGCUGCGCAGAAACACACCUAAAAAUCCUCAGAUGGCUCCUCUUCCGGCAAACAGAUUAGAACCUUAUGGACGUCCAUUCACCUGUGUGGCUGUGGAUUAUUUUGGGCCUCUGGAAGUCACUAUAGGUCGCAGAAGAGAAAAGCGAUAUGGAGUGUUGUUCACAUGUCUGUCAGUGCGAGCGGUACACUUGGAGAUUGCAGCUUCUCUCAAUACAGACUCGGCAAUUCUUGCGAUCAGGAGAUUUGCAGCAAGGCGGGGUUGUCCUUCGGAAUUGAUAUCAGACAAUGGUACCAACUUUAAGGGCGCAGAGAACGAAUUAAGAAAAGGACUUGAGUCGUUUGAUAACGAACAAAUUAAAACGUUCUGCGUGGGGAAGAUGAUGAAGUGGACUUUUCUACCACCGGCGAGCCCUCACAUGGGUGGUGCGCAUGAACGUCUUAUACAAUCGGUGAAGAAAUGUUUAAGAGUGAUUUUAAACACCCAAGCUCCUAAAGAAGAAACGUUGACUACUCUAUUAUGUGAAGUAGAAUACAUAAUCAACAACAGACCCUUAUUUCCUGUAUCAGACGACCCUAAUGAUGAGCUCCCUUUGACAUCAAACCACUUUCUCCAGGGAGGAGCAGAUAGAGUCACACCAGCUGUCAUUAUAACGGAGAAGCACCUGCAUAGACAAUGGAAGAUCGCACAGGACAUGGCAGACAAAUUCUGGAAACGUUGGCUGAAAGAAUAUGUGCCUUUACUAAACAAACGCUCAAAGUGGCACGAAAGGCGAGAUAAUCUAAAAGAAGGAGACGUGGUACUAAUUGCCGAAGAUAGCCAAGCCAGAGGAAGGUGGACAAAGGGUGUAGUCGAAGCUGUUUACCCUGGACGAGAUGGCCAAGUGAGGGUGGCAGACAUCAAAACGUCCACCGGCACCUGGAGAAGACCGACUGCUAAACUAGUCAAGCUGAUGACUUAA